UGAGGCCAGGCGGGGUCCGAGGAUCCUGAGGCUCCGGACCAGUGCGGUCCGGACAUGGCGGCAGUGCGGGCCUCCCAGCGGGGCGCGCUGCUCCUUUUCCUGGCCGUGACGGGGGUCGCGGAGGUGGCAGGGGGCCUGGCCCCGGGCAGUGCGGGUGCAUUGUGUUGUAAUCAUUCGAAGGAUAACCAGAUGUGCCGUGAUGUAUGUGAACAGAUUUUCUCCUCAAAGAGCGAAUCCCGUCUAAAACAUCUGUUGCAACGAGCCCCAGAUUAUUGCCCAGAAACAAUGGUUGACAUUUGGAGUUGUAUGAAUUCGUCCUUACCAGGUGUGUUUAAGAAGUCUGAUGGCUGGGUUGGCUUAGGCUGCUGUGAACUAGCUAUUGCCUCGGAAUGUCGACAGACAUGCAAGCAGGCAUCUUCAAAGAAUGAUAUCUCCAAAGUUUGCAGAAAAGAAUAUGAGAAUGCUCUUUUCAGUUGCAUUAACAGAAAUGAAAUGGGCUCGGUUUGUUGCAGUUAUGCAGGUCAUCACACAAACUGCCGAGAAUAUUGUCAAGCCAUUUUUCGAACAGACUCUUCUCCUGGUCCAUCUCAGAUCAAAGCAGUGGAAAAUUAUUGUGCCUCUGUUAGUCCACAGUUAAUACACUGUGUGAACAAUUAUACCCAAUCUUAUCCAAUGAGGAACCCAACAGAUAGUUUAUAUUGCUGUGACAGAGCUGAAGACCAUGCUUGUCAGAUUGCCUGCAAGAGAAUUCUGAUGUCUAAGAAAACAGAUACAGAGAUUGUUGAUGGCCUCAUCGAGGGUUGUAAAACCCAGCCCUUGCCUCAGGAUCCUCUGUGGCAGUGUUUUCUGGAAAGCUCACAAUCUGUUCACCCUGGAGUCACUGUACACCCUCCUCCCUCAACAGGCCUUGAUGGGGCUAAAUUGCAUUGUUGUUCUAAAGCAAACACUUCAACAUGUAGGGAACUGUGUACUAAACUUUAUAGCAUGAGCUGGGGCAAUACACAGAGUUGGCAAGAGUUUGAUCGCUUUUGUGAAUACAAUCCAGUGGAAGUAUCCAUGUUGACCUGUUUAGCAGAUGUUCGGGAACCUUGCCAGUUGGGCUGUAGAAACCUUACUUACUGUACUAAUUUUAACAACAGGCCAACAGAACUUUUCAGGAGUUGUAAUGCUCAGUCAGAUCAAGGAGCCAUGAAUGACAUGAAGCUGUGGGAAAAAGGAAGCAUUAAAAUGCCAUUUAUAAACAUACCUGUUCUUGACAUUAAAAAGUGUCAGCCAGAAAUGUGGAAAGCAGUAGCUUGUUCACUGCAGAUUAAACCUUGUCAUACUAAAUCCCAGGGAAGUAUUAUUUGCAAAUCAGAUUGUGUAGAGAUUCUCAAAAAAUGUGGAGACCAAAAUAAAUUUCCUGAAGACCACACAGCUGAAAGUAUUUGUGAGCUUUUAUCACCUACAGAUGACCUGGAGAAUUGUAUACCUUUGGAUACAUACCUCAGGCCAAGUGCUUUAGGUAACAUUGUAGAGGAGGUGACUCAUCCCUGUAACCCAAAUCCUUGCCCCGCUAAUGAGCUCUGUGAGGUAAACCGAAAAGGAUGUCUAUCUGGAGAUCCCUGCCUUCCAUACUCUUGUGUGCAAGGUUGCAAAUUGGGAGAGGCUUCUGAUUUCAUCGUCCGUCAAGGGACACUAAUUCAGGUGCCAUCUUCUGCAGGGGAAGUUGGUUGUUAUAAAAUUUGUUCAUGUGGACAGAGUGGACUCUUAGAAAAUUGUAUGGAGAUGCACUGUAUAGACCUCCAGAAAUCUUGUAUUGUUGGAGGAAAAAGAAAAAGUCAUGGAACAACCUUUAAUAUCGACUGCAAUGUCUGUUCUUGUUUUGCUGGCAAUUUGGUGUGUUUUACCCGCCUCUGCUUCAGUGAGCACACCUCCGAAGAUGACCGUCGCACCUUCACAGGUCUGCCCUGUAACUGUGCAGAUCAGUUUGUCCCCGUGUGUGGGCAGAAUGGGCGCACGUAUCCCAGUGCCUGCAUUGCUCGUUGUGUGGGUCUCCAAGACCAUCAGUUUGAGUUUGGAUCGUGCAUCUCAAAGGAUCCAUGUAAUCCUAACCCUUGCCAGAAAAACCAAAGGUGCAUAGCCAAACCGCAAGUCUGCCUGACCACUUUUGAUAAAUUUGGAUGUAGCCAGUAUGAGUGUGUGCCAAGACAGCUCACCUGUGACCAGGUCCGCGAUCCUGUUUGUGACACAGACCACAUGGAGCACAACAAUCUCUGCACUUUAUACCAAAGAGGGAAGAGCCUCUCUUACAACGGUCCAUGCCAGCCCUUCUGCAGCGCCUCAAAGCCCGUCUGUGGGCACAAUGGUGAGACCUACAGCAGUAUGUGUGCUGCCUACUCGGACCGUGUGGCGGUCGAUUACCAUGGCCCCUGCCAGGCCGUCGGGGUCCUGUCAGAGUACAGUUCUGUCGCAGAGUGUGCCGCUGUGAGGUGUCCUCCACUUUCAGUCGCUGGGUGCAAACCCAUCAUCCCUCCUGGUGCUUGUUGCCCAUUAUGUGCUGGGAUGUUAAGAGUUUUAUUCGACAAAGAAAAACUGGAUACUAUUGCUAAGGUAACAAACAAAAAGCCAAUAGCAGUUCUGGAAAUACUUCAGAAAAUCCGCAUGCAUGUGUCUGUCCCCCAGUGUGAUGUGUUUGGGUACCUCAGCAUCGAGUCGGAAAUUGUGAUCCUGAUCAUUCCUGUUGAUCAUUCUCCAAAAGCUUUGCAGGUUGAGGCCUGCAACAAAGAAGCAGAGAAGAUUGAAUCCCUUAUCAACUCUGACAGCCCUACUCUGGCAUCCCACGUCCCUCUCUCUGCCCUCAUCAUAUCCCAGGUACAGGUCUCCAGCAGCGUGCCAUCAGCCGGCGUCAGGGCCAGAUCUCCGUGUCACUCCUGCCUCUUCCUCUUAAGCCUGGGCCCUGCCUUGCACUUUCUCUGGACACAUAACUGACUGCCCGUGAAAGGUGCAUGAAGUUCCUCGAUCUGUUUUUCUACCUUGCGAAAGACAUUCAGGACUGCUGGUUUGUAGUUGAAUAGUGGCCAAGUAAAAAAAAGCGCAUGUCACCUCUAUUCACCAAACAGUAUUUUUUUUUUUAAUCUACCAAUAUCAGUAGGGUUUUGUGUUAUGUUUACAAAUGUUAAAAUAUGUUCUUCCAAAUACUAAUGAAAAGAGGAUGUCUCUUUCUGGUGGAUCACUGCCUUAUGAUUUACAUUUCAUUAAUUAGAUGGGACCCCCACUCUAAAACAAACUUAAUAUUGCUGAUAAAUGAAAUGGCCUCUUUUUAGGAAGAUAACUCACUGCUUUAUUAGAGGUUUCUUAUCGCAGAAACUUCAUUUCAGAGUUCCUUUAAGUAUUAGAUUCCCCUAGUGUGUUUGUGUUUGUUUACAGAUAAUGACCUACUCCAUCUAGAAGCCGGGGGUCACAGCAAAGAGCCAUUGCUAUGAGGGCAUGAAAUAAAGAAUCUUGGAAAUGAUAGUGGAAAUCAUCAGGCAAAUUAAAAUAAAUUUACUGAAAUUUAAUUCAGGAACUUACCUAGAGGGUUAAGCAGAAGAAAGCUGACUAAAUGAGACUCUCACGAUUACAUAUCUGUGACUUUUGUGAAAGGGAGAAGUUAUGUGGCAUCAGUGUGUCUUGCCUUAUGCAGUUUUUAUAUUAACCAGAUAUAUAUUGUUUUUCAUGAGUUAAAUUUAGAGUUUUUAAACAUCGAUCUUUAAACCAAUUGCUGCUACUUAUAUAAUUGCCAAAAAGUGAAAUAAUUAGUAGUUCAUGUAAAUAAUACAUGAUUUUUCUAUUUUAUUAUGAAGGUGAAUAGCCAUAUUUGUAAAAUGACAAUCAUAUGUGUUAACUCAGUACUUUCCGUUCAUGAAGACAUAUUUGCUUUUUGUGAUAUGCACAAUGUAGAUAAGUGUUCUGUCUUUCUCUUUUUAUAUAGAAUUAUAAAGAAUUGUGGUUUAUAUAUUUAAAAAUGUCAAUCUAAGUUUUAAAAUGUUUGCAUGUUGUCUAAAAAAUUGAAUACUUUGAAUGUGUUUCACAGUUUGAAAUAAGCUAUUCAAUGGAAUACUUCUUGUUUGUAUGCACCUGAACUUAGGUUUUACAUGAAGUAUUUUUUUCAGUAUUAUAAUAUGUACCCUCUGAAAUAUAUAGGAAUAUGCUUAUUAUACCAAAAUGUUUAAAUGUGGGCACUUAAAGCUUUCAGAAUAUCUCAGUGCUGAUGUAGCAUGUUUUUUGCAAUUGCUUUUUUCUGUGUAAAAGUCUUCAAUGCAAUAAUACUGGAAACUUUUCUAUUUUAAUAAAAAAUAACUUUUA